UUAAAUGUCUGAACACCAUAUAAUAAUAUGCCAGUUAAUAAUUAAUCUUUAUAAAUUAAAUAAAUGUUUAAUAUAAUUGUGAAUUAUAGUGUUAGAAAAUGAGUGUUAAUUGUAAAUUUUAGCAUUUUUUUCUGUGAUAAAAUCUCUUUUUUUUUCUUAAAAGGCACUUUAAAGCCGCGUUCUUUUUAUCACACUUGUUUGCAGAAGAAGGAACAAAAUAUUCUCAAAUAUAACAAACAUUUUUUUUUUCACAUUACUUAAUAUUCUUCAUUAUUAUUAUUUUAAUGUAAAAUACAACAAUGGUUUCGUUAAAAUUAAUUUUCUGCCUCUUUCUCGUGUUUCUUUGUGUUAUUGAUUCAAAAAUCGAAGCUAACGAAGAUGUACCUUUAACCAAAUUUGGAUCAAAAUCGGCACCUACGUUAAAUUUUUUCUACUGUUAUUCGUGUGGAUAUAGAAAAGUAUUUGAGGAAUAUGUUAGUAUUUUAAGUCAAAAAUAUCCAGAACUUCAAAUACAUGGGGAAAAUUACAAACCACCAGGAUAUAAUAUGUUUGUGGCACAUUUUCUCGGUAUAGCAAAAAUUCUAGUCAUACUUUUAAUUCUGAGUGGAAUUAAUAUAUUUCAAUGGAUCGGUCAGCCAGCACCUUUUGUUUGGCAAUGGUGCAUUGACAAUCGUCUUUAUGCUAGUAUUUUACUAUUUUUUAUCUGUAAUGCUAUCGAGGGUCAACUGAUUUCUUCCGGAGCCUUUGAAAUUCAUUUAAAUGACGUUCCUGUUUGGUCUAAACUUGAAACCGGAAGGAUACCACAGCCUCAAGAAUUAUUUCAAAUUAUUGACAACCAUAUGCAAAUGAUGCUGCCUGAAAUGGAUAUUGGAAAGCCAAUGUCUUUCAAUAAAUAAAUUUAAGUGAAAAAAAAAAAUGUUCCAGUUUUGAAAAAUAAACACAUUAAUAUUAAGAAAUCAUUUUUAAGACUUUCAACAAAAUAUUGUCGACAAUAUUUAUCGUCGAAGUCUUAUAUUUCGUUCGGUUCAUAUUGCUUCAUAAAAUUUUACACACACAGUAAUUAGAAUUUAAGACACUAGAGUGAAAAAAAAAAAUUUAUAAUAAUAAAUUAGACAAAGAGAAUUUUCUCAUGUUUUAAAAAAUAAUUAUAUAUAAAUAAAAAAUAUAAACUCAGAAAGAAAUCUAUUAUCUCUGAGCAGCGGUUCAAAAUAUUUACGCAGGCGUGAAACGAUCGCUUUCUGUAAAUUACAUAUAAGGGUCAUUGAAAAAAAAAAAAACAAUUUAAUUUAAUUCUACAGAAUUUUUACAAAAAUAAAUUUCAAAUUUAAAUAAAAAUUAUAAUUGAGCACUUUUUACGUGCCUCUUUAUUGGCGCAUACACAAUUGUUUUUUUUUUUUACAUAUUAUAUAUGUGAAUUUUAACUAAAUGAUUUCUUUCUAAUUAUUUUCUCAAUUGUUUUUAAAUGACCCGUAUUUUCAAUUUUUUUUGUAAGUUAGACGUGUAGUUUAUAUUAUAAUAAAAUUAUGAACUUUAUAAUAAAUGUACAUAUAAAUAAAAAGGUAUCUUUUUU